AUGUUCACCUGCUCUAAUUGUCGCGAGUUCUUUAACCCCAGUGGUCCCGAGUUUGAAGGAACGAGUGGACUCUUCACGUACGCCAUUUUCGCCUCUGUCGAAGUGAACCAUGACAGGGCUGUGAAGAUGUGCUCUACCUUUUAUAAACAAGGCAGAUUAGCUUGGUUGGGUGAUCGAGAGGUGAAGCCCCUGAGAGCCAUAAUUGAUCAGGCUAUAGCCUUUCACUACAUGAAUUUAAAUAACUUCUUUUGGAUUGAUGGUCAGCUGGAGGAUGUCAGAUGUAGGCCUCAGAACACAUCCUGCAAGUGGGCCGCUUCACCUUUCAGUCACGUGGAAAGUGGCGCUGCUAGAAGCUUCAGAAACACCGACGUGAUCUUCCACAAACCGCGAAACAAAAAUGCGAGAGAUGCCCCAUACUGGCCCGUUUUGUUACCCAAUGUCAACAUGGAAUUCGAGGCUCCUGAAGAGUUCAUUUUUACGUCAGCCCCAGGCUACGUGAAAGGUGGAUUCAUUUGCUCCCAUGAAGGCGACUAUAACGGGUGUCCCUUGGGUUUUGCAAAGAUGUCAGCAACCCAUUUACCCGAAGAACUUAUUCCGAAAGUAAUAACGAUCGAAAAUCUGUGCAAGCAGUAA